AUGUCUUUUCGUGGAAGAGGAGGUGGAGGAGGAAGAGGAGGUGGAGGAGGAAGAGGAGGUGGCUUUAACCGUGGAGGAGGUGGUGGUGACAGAGGCGGCUUCAACCGCGGCGGGCGAGGUGGCUUUGGACGGGGAGGUGGAAGAGGAGGCUUCAACAGAGGAGGAUAUGACCAGGGCCCUCCAGAAAGGGUAGUUUUGCUGGGAGAGUUCAUGCAUCCCUGUGAAGAUGACAUAGUUUGUAAAUGUAAAACAGAAGAAAACAAGGUGCCUUAUUUCAAUGCCCCAGUGUACCUGGAUAAUAAGGAGCAGAUUGGCAAAGUGGAUGAAAUAUUUGGACAGCUGAGAGACUUUUAUUUUUCAGUGAAACUGUCUGAGAACAUGAAAGCCUCUUCAUUUAAAAAAAUGCAAAAGUUUUACAUUGAUCCAGCAAAGCUGCUGCCUCUUCAGAGGUUUUUGCCAAGGCCCCCUGGAGAAAAAGGUGCUCCCAGAGGAGGUGGUAGAGGAGGACGUGGUGGUGGACGUGGGGGAGGAAGAGGCGGUGGUAGAGGAGGAUUUGGAGGAGGCAGAGGUGGAGGAAGAGGAGGAGGAUUCAGAGGAGGAAGAGGCGGAGGAGGAGGAGGAUUUAGAGGAGGAAGAGGUGGUGGAGGAGGCUUUCGGGGAAGAGGACAUUAAAAAUGGAGCCAUGAGUAUCUCCUCAUUGUCUUAUCAUGUCAUCUGCAGAAGCAAAGAACCAUGCAAAAUUUAUGUAAAGGACCUUGAAAAUCUUUUUAUAAAGAACUUGAAGCUACAAAUGACAAUUAUUUUUACACUUCAUGACUGUUGAUGGACGCAUGAGGAGAGUGUAGCCCCAGGUGAAGAACUGAAGAUUGCUCAGAAUAUGUGUAAACUUUUCUAACUGAGCCACGAUUUGAUGUUAUUCUUAAACUGUUUGUUUCUGACAAGCAGUGCAGUCAGUGCUUAACUCCAUGUUGGAGUUGGGAGUAAACAAUCAGUUGAAAUGGGUUUUCAAAAGACCCUACAGGUUCACUGCAUGCACAUACUUCAGUGUGAACUUGUGCAUGACUGAUCCUUGGUUCUCAUCCUCCUUUUAUAUUGAAUCUGGGCUGCUCUGAAAUGGACAUGCCGUUUAAACAACCUUUGUGAACCUUUUUUUAUAAAUUAAAUUUCAAACUUUU